AUGACAGACUUUCUUGACUCAGAUCCCCUUGAGUGGGGAGUGGAAGAAGUUGUAGCCUUUCUCUGCAAUCCUCUUUCAGCUCCAUGGGCGCUCUCUGUGACUUCUCCGCGACCAGACCCUCUUGCAUUGGCAGCUGCCCUCCGCGACAACGAGAUUGCUGGAGAGGCCUUGCUUUAUGAUGUCGACCCACAGGCUAUCAAGGAUGAUCUGGGUGUGAAAGCUCUUGGUCAUCGCAGCAGCGUCAACAGAGCCAUCGAGUGGCUGCGGGCGCGUUCCUCGAAAUACCAACUAUCCAAAGCAAGUACAGCCUUGCCCAAAGUUCCCUUCACCGAAUCACCCAACAAUAAUAUCCUACGCCAUGAAUUACCAAAACCUGGGGUCUCCACUCUGGAAACAAUUACCACUAAGACAGUUGGACAGCCCAGCCCAGCUGCCCCGCCUGUACCCGUGCAAUAUGUCAAUGGCAAACGUAAAAUAGCACCUACGUGUGUCCCUGGCCUCAGCGAGAAGAAUCCAACAAUUUCAUCUACUGUCCAUGGUGGACCGAGUCGAGGAACCCAAAUGGGGCAACCCUCGCAACUUUUACCCAGCGAACAGGACCAACCUGAAAGUGAUGCGAGAUCUGAGGCGUUCUUUGACAAACUAAUCGCAAAAUAUGGUCCAGUUGAAAACGAAGAAGUCCUCCCAGCGUAUGGAGACUCAGGGUCAGAAGCCUCAUUUGACUCAGAGACCUGGAAUGAGAUAUCUCCAAAACACAAACUGGAGAACCAGGGUCCCGACGAUGCCAAACUUUCAAAAAGAGAUGUGGCAUCUAUUGUGUCACAGUAUAUUGCAGGCCAGGAGAAACUCUGGAAGGAACAGAGCCUGCCAAGAAAUCUCCUAAUUGCGCGAUUUCUCUGGGAGGAAGCCCAGAGGGAUGCAGCCGCGAAAUCAGAUUGCUCAGAUCGUCUCCGCCACCUGGAGUCCCGCUUGAACACCCAUCAGACGGAACUUCAAAAACUUGACUACCGCUCGCGCACCAGGAUAGAGAAGUCAUGUGCCGCCAUGAAUAUGACUAUCUCGGAAAUCUGCUUUCAACGAUGGAGAUUGACUGUCUUGAACUCAGACGUGUGUCCGCCUGAUGUAGAACCACCCCCAAGAGCCUCUCAACUUCGAAAAGCACGCUUAGCCCCCGAAGAUUCCGAUGAUGACAGAUCGGAGGAUUUGGGAUAUGACACGGAAACUUCCUUCGAAAGUGAGGACUUGAGCGAAUUCGUCAUCACAGACUCCGAAGAACAGAGCUCUGGACGCCAAGAAAAGGAAUCCAGGGAUGAUAAACAAAGGAAUUCACAAUCACCUGCUCGAAAAAGACCACGCAUGACAGAGAAUGAAGGUACUCAUCAAAGUGUUGAUGCCAGUGUGGGAUUCUCUCUUGUUCCUUGUCAGUCCAAGGAGGGUCUCGAUUUUAUUGAUCUCACAGGCAUGAGUCCAACCUCAACAUCCUUUUCACGAAACUCAGACAAAGCAAUUACGCCACCAGAGCCUGAAGGUGCGGAUGAUUUGGAGAUUCACACACCUCCUCUGAACCCGACUCCGGCAAUUCCUCUACAUGAUGCCGAAAUGGACUUUGAUCUGUCGAUGGACAGUCCCCCGAUUGAUCAAAUUUCGGAAACCAUGAUCAGAUCUCCAAAUCCGGCGCCCCUAUUGGACAGUGUCAAUGAUACUUUGCAAGUUCAAACUGGCGAGAAACGCCUUUCCGUUCUUCCCCACGUUAGCACCAGCGAUAAGGCGCUUCCUGCGCGCCAGGAGGAUAUUGAUAUGAUCAAAGAAGUCUCAAACAUGAGUGCCGAGGAGAUCGCAGAGUCACAGGAUCGUAUCAGGCUAUUGGCAAAGAACAUCAUGAAUUUGAGUUCAGAUGAGCUCCAAUCCUACCCAAAACGCUUGAACGCACUGCUGGAGGAGACAUAUACAGACUUGGUUGAGGAGACACUGAGAGCAAUGAUCCUCAAUCAACUAAACCCGAGAACCAAGGGAAGAGAUUUAGGCGAAAAUGCGUUUGCCAUGCGCACAGCCGAAUUGUUUUUGUCCUGGCAUCACUGCAUUGUUUUGAUACCUGACCACGGCAUUGAAAAGAAAUUCAUCACAGAGGGCCUUGCGGCCAUCCAGCAGGAUAGUCAUGGAAUGUUCCAAGCGUUUCUUCGAAGAUUCAAAGGUUUCAUUUCUGCGGUCAAGACCUACAAUAUUCUCAAUCCAUCACGACAACUUGUCUUAAGUGAGAAUCGCGGGGAUUCCAUUUCCAGACCGCGCCUUGGCUCAAAGACUAAUGGACAAAAUGGCACUAAGAAGAAGCAUACGAUGAGACUGCUCAGUACACAGCAGAAUGAAGCCCAAAAGCGACUCGACAGGCAGGAAAAGGCCAGAGCGGAGCUAGAACGUGAAACAGAAAGGAGGGGAUUGAGUCUACAUGAUCCUGCCGGGCAAGCAGUGACCUUCAAGGAACCCAAAAUAUAUCUUCAUCCGGAACUUGGAAAAUUCGUUAAACCACAUCAGUUGCGAGGCAUCCAGUUCAUGUGGCGGGAGCUCAUUGAAGCUACCGACUCGCAGGGAUGCCUGCUUGCCCACGUUAUGGGACUUGGCAAGACAUUUCAAGUCAUAUGCCUUCUUGUAACCAUUGCCGCAGCCGCAGCGUCAGAUGAUAUUAAAAUCCGCAACCAGAUUCCCCGCAAGUUUCAUCGAUCUCAGACUCUUGUUCUGUGUCCAUCUGGAGUGAUUGAGAACUGGAUUGAUGAGUUUGCCAUAUGGGCACCGAGCGGUCAUAGGCUCGGUGCAAUUCGUGAAAUUAUUCCUCGUGUCCAACAAGACGAAAUCUUCAACCGAUUGGACCGGAUCAAAGCCUGGAAUUCAGAUGGCGGCAUUCUCAUCAUGAGCUAUGAAAUGUUCCGCUCUUUGAUACAGUACAGGCCUACUAAAGCUAGCAGGCCUCUUAGCAUUGAGCAACAAGAGUUGCUCUCAGAAUGCCUCUUAUCCGGACCAAACAUCAUUGUCGCAGAUGAGGCGCAUAAGUUGAAAGGUGAGAAGUCCGCCAUCUCGCAAAUUGCCUCUCGCUUCAAAACCAACAAUCGCAUUGCGAUGACGGGAUCUCCUCUCGCGAAUCAUCUAUCUGAGUAUUACCAAAUGGUUGAAUGGAUCUCGCCAGGCUACCUGGAGAACCCCCAGUCUUUCAAGACUAAAUUUAUGGAGCCGAUCCAGGCCGGAUCCUACAUCGACAGCACGACAGCAGAGCAAAGAGAAAGUUUGUGCGCAUUGAAGGUUCUUGGCGGAAUCUUGAAUCCCAAGAUCCAUCGUGCAGAUACUUCCGCCAUUGCAUUGGACCUUCCUUCUAAGACAGAGUUCGUUAUCGUCGUGCCUUUGACAGACCUGCAAAGACGGCUUUAUGACACUUUUGUGGCAUGUCUGAAGGAAAGUCCCGAAUCAGAUGUUGCCACAAAAUUGUGGUCAUGGUUGGCUCUCUUGCAACUCUGUUGCAACCAUCCGGUCCCCUUCCGUGAAAAGCUUGCCGAUCGAUCGAGUCAAUCAACAUAUGAUCCAGAUGACACACUCGAUGCAGACAACUCUGUUUCCGUUCUUCCAGCAUCGAUCAAAGAUGCCGGACUACCCAGUGACCUCUUCCCCAAAAUCGAGGCUCUUUUCAUAAGUGUCCAGAAACCGCUUGGUCCAGAAUUCUCUCACAGAUCUACUUUACUAAACCAAAUUCUCAACGAAGCAGCCAAUGUUGGAGAUAAGGUUCUGGUCUUUUCGCAAAGUAUCCCGACUAUGGACCACCUUGACAGGCUACUCAAGAAAUCUGGCAGAAAAUUCCUCCGUCUCGAUGGCAAGACCCUAAGCGCGCAACGGCAAUCGCUAUGUAAGCGGUUCAAUACCUCCGACACCGAGCAAGUCUUUUUAAUCUCAACUCGCGCGGGAGGACUUGGCCUGAACAUUACUGGCGCAAACCGAGUGGUCAUCUUCGACUUCUUGUUCAAUCCGACAUGGGAGGAGCAGGCAAUUGGACGUGCCUAUCGUCUCGGCCAAAAGAAGCCGGUAUUCGUUUAUCGCUUUAUUGCCGGUGGGACCUUCGAAGAAAAUAUCUUCAACAAGGCUGUCUACAAGAGUCAGCUUGCUGUCCGUGUGGUGGACAAGAUGAACACUAUCCGCGAAGCUGCAAAGAAAACUAACGAGUACCUCAAACCUGUCCGUCAGGUUGAAAGAGAGAGCCAUGAUGAAAUUCUGGGGAAAGACCCCCAAGUCCUCGAUAAAAUUCUCGCUGGGCCUUUCGGGAAGGCCGCCUUGAAAGUGACCCUGUCGCACCUCAAAAACAACGAAAAUGACACCCUGGACGGAGAAGAACUCAAAUGGGUUGAGGAGGAGCUGCGCAUGGAACAACUCAAACGGUCUAACCGACCUGCAUAUGAGGCGGAACUCCAAAGGCAAAUAGCGAUGCUGGCUGCCGCGCAGAGGAAAAAGGAUGAAGAGUUGCGGCAGCCUUUUUUGAUGAUGACCCAAGCCUGGAAGCAUCGAGAGAGUGCUGUUCCGCUCAGUCUCGAUUCGGAAACCAUUGCUACGACUGGUGCCAUGCAAGUUGUCUCAUACAUACCCACUGCGAUGAGUCUACUGCAACAAGGCAAUCAUAUGGUGUCGAUGUCCUCGUUAGGGUAUUCGCCCAGCUCGGUAUCUAUGUGCCAACGACGCCCCACCGCGCCUCUGAUACCUACGGCAGCUCUGACUAAUGGGCAGGUUCAAACAAGCCUCCAUGGCUCAUUUUUGCACAACCCGUCACUCCACGGUGAAUAUCAAUUGGGGGCGGCAUCUGCCAACGUCGUAACUCCGCCUGGCCCUACGGCUUCGCCAGGGCCGGUUCCCAGGCCGCACACCCCUCAGCAUUUGUAUUCCACAAACGGCCAUCUCUCUCCUCAAAUCCCUGGUAAUGGUCUCUCAGUCCAUGGUGCCCCCAAGCGAUUUGCUCCAGCGACUCCCGCUCCAGUAGACCCUUUUCAACCCACUCCUUCCAUUGCUGAUGUCGCGGUACCUGACCCCUCUCCAUCUAGCCUAGGUGAGCCCAAGGACGUCAGCAGCGACAACGACUCAUACUCGCCACAACUGAACGAAUGUAUGAGCAGCCCAUAUUCACCAAAUCUCGAAGUUGGCGAGAACGAUGCGUACUCACCACCGCCAAACUUCCCUCUAUUUCAGUGA